UUGUGUCACUGCCAUCUCGACGCGAACCAAUUCAACUGAGGCUCUCUGCCCUCGGACCGCUGUCGCGCCGCGCUUCCCCUUAUGAACAGAGACCGCCCCGUCCCCGCUGGCCCCAGACGGGAAAACCAGUCGCCCCCAAGGAGGUCGCGCAACUCCAGUCCCACCAAGACUGGCUCCAUCAACCGGCCCACUAUCGAUGCUCCGAUGCUCAGCGCUUCGUCCUCCAACAAUCAUUCUUUAUUCUCCUUUGGUGGCAGAAAUGGCUUGUCCGACGACGUGACCGACAGCAACACCUCGUUCGAGUUCCUCCCCUCUGUCAGCUUCGACGACCUGCAGAGCAGCCUGGAAUCCGCUUCGGCAGACUUCCGGCUGACCCAGUUCCCAUCCCCGACCGGCCAAGGAACUAUCCUGGGAAGCAGUGCGCUCGCAGCACACGACAUGGUGGAACAGGAACGUCCCGAUGGGACGAGGAAUGCCACGAGUAACCAUGCUCCCGUGCAACAGCCGGCUGUCACGCGCUCCCGUACUGGCUCCAUUCUGCGGAGGCCGAGCACCUCCAGUAGACAUACAAGCAUAACAUCAACUGCACCCACCGCCUCCAGCCUCACAAACGCUCCUAUCCCCCCUGCGGCCAUGCGCUCGCGUCGCCAGAGCCAUUACCCCCCGGUCUCCAACGCCAGCAUCAUUAAGCCGCCAAGGAAAUCGACUGGAGAUGUGGUGGCCGGAGGGGAGCUUGAGCCUCGCAAGCGAAGACCCAGCGUGGCGUCCCUGUCGGAUAGGAACGGACUGGAACCUACAACAAGAUCUUCUGUCGACGGUGGAUCCCGCCCCGCGGGCGAUUUCCUGCGGGCUCACGCCAGCUCGCGAAGUUCAAAGGCGAAAUCCGUGCAGCCGCCGCCGAGAGCCAGCCAGGCCAUGUUGUCCCCAGACACGAGCGCUCUGUCGCUGGACCACAGCCACAUCUCGCUGGCACUGCCCCGGUCACCUCGCGCCGCUGCCAAGGGCUCAAAUCCAGCCGCGAUGAAGCGCAUGUCGGUCAUGCCCGGGGUGCCAGCCCUCCCUCAUGCUACCGGGCUCGGUGCGAGAACCAUCAGCCCCACUGAUACGAGGCGGUUGAAACGUCUAUCCAUGCAUUAUACACAAGGACAAACGCCUGCUUCAAUAUUGCCGAAUCCGCCGCCGCUAUCAGCCGACGUCCGCUCCUCGUCCCGUUCCCCUUCUAUGCUUCCCCGAAAGAUAUCGACUCCAUCCUCCUCCCGGACGACACCCGAUCCGAAUAGGAAGUCGUACAGUUCAGGUCUUUCUGCCACCUCCAACGCCAGCUUCAACACCGCGGCACGGACAUUGGCUGUGUCGGGUCAGCAGCGCAACUCCCAGGGUGCCGGCUCGAGGUUACCUGCUCCGAAGGCCCUGAGUCUACACAACUCGGCUAGCCACGACGAAGACGAGGGUGUCCCCCCGGUUCCGGCGAUACCAAAGGCGUACGAAUCGCCCAAGGAUACCUUGGCUGAGACGGUUUUCUUGGAUAAGAGGAAGUCAAACCUUGGGUUUGACGCCAGCAGCAUCCAUAGCAAUUCGACCGGGAGUGUUUCCGGGGCCUUGAAUGAAGCAACGCCUGCCAAGGUGCAGCGCAGGUCUAGCCAUCGCAAGACAGUUCAUGCUUCCAAGUUGGAUAUGGAAGCAAAGCCUGUGGCGCCGCAAUCCAAGAAGACGUUACAGCCGUUGAGGCUUCCACCGAUUACGCUGGGUCCGUUGAGUACGCCAACUGCUGCCAGGAUAGCCGCUCUUCAGGAACAAGGCUCGUCGGAAAGGAACCUCUCCCCUUCCCCAGUCCGACACAUCUCAAAGACGCCGACGACGCCAAUGACGGCGUCCAAAGGAACCUUCUUCUCUCGCACACGGCCCGAUGAAAGAACUGACAUUCAGCAUCUCAGAAGCAGCAGCUCAAUACACAAGUUUAGGCGUGAGACCCCGCCUCCACCUGAGCCAGCGAGUUCAUCCGACUCAUUCACCGCUGUCAAGAAUGGGGGCCAGAGAGCUGGUCCCUCACCAUUUUUGAGCUCCUCUCUCCCCAAGGGAGGUCAUAUGGAAGCUGCCUUCCUGAAGAGGUCGAAAACAGGCGGCGAUUUUACCGCACCGCUAGACGCGGCUCCUGAUGCGGCAAUUCAUCACACCAAACCUUCCGGGCCACGGGCGCAAAAGCUUGCGCCAGCACGGCCUCCAAAAUCUCCGCCGCCACUGUCGAGUCCCGACGAGCCGCCGACUCCCUCGUCUAUGACCUCGCUAAGGAGAAAGCUGAGCUUGUCAUGGAAGCGAAGUGCGUCUAAGAACAGCGGGAACCAGGCACAGCCCGAGAAGGGCGAGCACAAGCCUGUUAAUCACGAUUCCAUGCCCCCGCCUCGUAUUCCCGCCUCGGCUACGACGAACAGCAUCCCAACUGGCAAGCCCCCGAGCCCCGCGCCGUCGACCAAAUCCAGCGGGACAGGAACGUACCUGGAGUCGAGGAGGCGCAAGAGCUCAGCCUCGAGUCUGAACGCAAUCGUUGCACAGGAACAACGCGGCCGCCCCGAUGGCAGUGCAGUGAAGAAGGAAUCCACGCUUGACACGGUUGCCGAGCGCACCACAGUCCCCCACAACUCGUCUGUUGUCCAGAGGAUUCUCAAGCCCAGGAAUUCAGCCGCCGCCCUGCGGCCCCACGAUGUCUGGACGUCAGAACUCGACAAGGACGACCUGAUCGCCGAAGAGGAGAUGAAGAAGCUCGGGUUACGGCGCAAGGACACAGAGCUGGCUGCCCGAACCCUGGAUGCGCUUAGGAAGCGUGCCAGUGCGAAAGAGCGUGUCAACCCACAGGAGGCUAUCCGGAUCGCCAUGCUCAACAUCUACGAGAGAGGUGAGAUCGUGGACUACAAGGACGUCUACUUCUGUGGCACGCAAAAUGCUGCCAAGGUCGUCGGGGAUCCCCAGUCGGACAGUCCCAACUUCGGCUAUGACGACGAGCGCGGGGACUACACCAUCGUGCCCGGCGAUCAUCUCGCGUAUCGGUACGAGAUCAUUGACGUGCUUGGGAAGGGAAGCUUUGGACAGGUGGUCCGCUGCAUUGACCACAAGACUGGUGUUCUGGUUGCGGUCAAGAUCAUCCGCAACAAGAAGCGGUUCCACCAGCAGGCUCUGGUUGAGGUGAAUAUUCUGCAGAAGCUGCGCGAAUGGGAUCCCCACAACAAGCACAGCAUGGUCAACUUCACUCACAGCUUUUAUUUUCGUGGGCAUCUCUGCAUCUCCACCGAGCUCCUCGAUAUGAACCUCUACGAGUUCAUCAAAUCAAAUGCCUUCCGUGGCUUCUCGCUCAAGAUGAUCCGCAGGUUCACCAAGCAGAUGCUCAGCUCGCUCAACUUGCUCAAGCAGCACAAGGUCAUCCACUGUGACCUGAAACCAGAAAACAUUCUUCUACGGCAUCCUCUACACACUGAGAUCAAGGUCAUCGACUUUGGAUCCAGUUGUUUCGAAAACGAAAAAGUGUAUACGUAUAUUCAAUCCAGAUUCUAUCGCUCCCCCGAAGUUAUCCUCGGCAUGACUUACGGCAUGCCCAUCGACAUGUGGUCUCUUGGCUGCAUCCUGGCCGAGCUCUAUACCGGCGUGCCUAUCUUUCCCGGCGAGAACGAGCAGGAGCAGCUGGCCUGCAUUAUGGAAGUGUUUGGGCCUCCCGAAAAGCACCUGAUCGAGAAGUCGACCCGCAAGAAACUCUUCUUUGACAGCAUGGGCAAGCCCCGGCUCACCGUCUCGUCCAAGGGCCGCCGCCGGCGUCCGUCCUCCAAAACGCUGCAGCAAGUCCUCAAGUGCGACGAUGAGCCCUUCCUCGACUUCAUCGCCCGCUGCCUCCGUUGGGACCCGGAUCGCCGCAUGAAGCCCGAGGAAGCUAUCCGCCACGAGUUCAUCACGGGCCAAAAGACCUCUGUCCCUGUUCCCCGCUCCGCUGUCCGCGACUCCUCCCCUUCCAAACGCGUCAACUCCCUCGGCGCACCGAGACCCCUGCCCGAACCCCCCGCCGCCGCUGUCGUCAAGACCAGUAGCACCAUCGCUUCCCUCCGCACGCGAGACAACACCACUGCUGGGUUUGCUCAUCACCACCACCAUCACCACAGCGGCGGGCCAAUGAAACCGGGCGGUGGUGUCCCGUCCUCGGUCACCACCCGCCGCACGUCGGGCACCACGGCUGGUGGCAUUAAUACCGCGGGCGGCGUGAAACGCGCCAGCUCGGGCACCAUCACGACGGCGCAUUUCGGUAACGGCACGAGCGGCACCGGCAGUGGUGGGAGUGGUGCAGCGCCGUCGCUGAGUAACAGUAACCUGCCGAGGGCGUCGAUUCGUAGUGUGAGCGGCUCUCUGGCGACUACUGCGGGUAUUGGUGGCGCUGGUGCGGGUGGGGUGGCCCACCACCACCACAACAAGACGGAUUCUUUGGCCGCUGCCGGGGCGACGGCUGCGAUGAGUCGGCGUGCUUAGGAGGCACGCUUGGAGAGCCGGAGGAGGUGGGAGAGGAUUGGGUCUUGGUGAUGGGCUUUGUUGUUGGUUUUUGGUGUUGACUGUGCUGGGUGAAAUAAACGGGGUCUUUUUUUAUGGGGUUGGGGCAACGGUGGUUGGCGGUGUGGUAGAGUGGUUGAUGGGCGUAGG